AUGGCACAAAACAGGCAUUGGGAACAAGACAAAGAUGCGACCAUCUACAUCGGAAACAUUGACGAACGCGCGACCCCGGCGAUGGUGUACGAGGUCAUGCUCCAGAUGGGCCCCAUCCACAACAUUCACAUGCCCCGCGACCGCGUAACCCAGAACCACCAGGGCUUCGGCUUCGUCGAGUUCAGGACGCCGGGCGACGCAGAGUAUGCCGCCAACGUGAUGAACGGCAUCAAGCUCUACGGCAAGUCCUUGCGCGUGAACAAGGCCAGCGCGGACAAGCAGAAGCAGGCAGAGGUCGGCGCGGAGCUCUUCGUGGGCAACCUUGACAGCAUGGUGGACGAGAAGAUCCUCUACGACACCUUUUCGCGCUUCGGUCCGCUCGUCAACUUGCCCAAGGUCGCGAGAGAGGACAGCGGCAACUCAAAGGGCUUUGGUUUCAUAUCUUAUGCCGACUUUGAGAGCGCCGACGCGGCGAUUGCCAACUUGCACAUGCAAUACAUCCUCAGCAAGGAGGUCUCGGUCCAGUACGCGUUCAAGAAGGACGGCAAGGGCGAGCGCCACGGUGACGCUGCAGAGCGUGAGCUCGCCGCGCAGGCCAAGAAGAGGAAUAUCGUCCCAGAGAUUCAGGCCGUACCACCCGCUUUCCUCAACGGCCCGCCACCGGCCGCUGCGCCGACUGCUCCCGCCGGAUUCGACCCCGCAAACGGCCUGCCGGUCCAAGUCCCGAACCCGGGAGCCCCAGCCGGAUUCGCGCCUCCGCCGCGGGGACCAGCGCAAUACAAUGCCGUACCACCACCGCAAGGUAUGGGUGGGCCAGGCAUGGGUCGCGGCGCCGUACUCCCUCCCGCGCCGUCUGGUCUGCCCGCGCGGCCGCCACAGUCGCAGGGCGGCUACACGAAUCCGGCCGACUUCCACCCGGGUGCCCCAGGUUUCCGCCCGCCAAGCGGACCUCCUGCACCGCAAGGCUUCGCUGCGCCCCCUCCCAACUUCCCCAUGCCUCCUCCGGGGGCUUCUGGGACACCGCCCGCGCCGCCGGGCUUUAUGCCUCCUCCGGGCUUCAACCCCCCUGGAUUCCCCCGUCGAUGA